UUUUUUUGUUUUAUUUUAAUUCAUAUUUUUUUUUUUAUAAACUUUACCUUUUCUUAAAUAUAUUUUAAAGAUGAUUUCUCAAAUGAUUAACGAACUAUACAUAACAAAUAUUAUUAGUAGUAGAGAAUUUAAUAAUGAAGAAAAAAUCAAAUCAAUUUUACAAUUAUUUAGGGUAUCAUUCGAAGAUAAACAACAAAUGAUUAAUGAUCAAGCAAAUUUGAUUUCCUCUCAACAAAAAUUGAUCGAAAUCAUUGUACAAAAGAAAAAUGGUAAUGAAAAUAAUACUACUAAUAAUGUAGUAAAUGGUAAUGAUUUGAUAAAAUCAAAUGAUAUUACGAAUAUUAUGAACGAAAAUAAUAAUGGUAUUAGACCCCUUUAUAAAGUUUUCAUCGGACAAUUACCUCCAAAUAUUCCAAUAGUUCAAAUAAAAAAUCAUCUAAAUGAAAUAUUCGGACACGUUGAUUCUGUGUAUCAAUUAAUCCCGAAUAGUAAUUACGCAUUUGCAUUAUUCUCAAAUUAUGAAUCAUGCCAAAAAGCAAUUUCUAGGGGUAAUAUUAAAAUUCAAGAUAAAUCCUUUUAUAUACAUAACGCUCAUGAUCGUGAAUAAAUAUAAUAAUAUGACAUUUCUUUUUUUUUUAUCAUGGCAUAAUUUUAUUAUUAUUAUCUUUUUAAUUUUUAAUUUUUAUUUGUAAAAAAAAAAAAUUAAUUUUAUUCAUUCAAAAUUGUAAUUGUAUUUAUUUAUUCGAAAUUGCAUUCAUUCGAAAUUGUAUUUAAUAUUCGAAAUUGUAUUCAUUCGAAAUCGAAUUCGUAUUUGUAUUUGUUAUUCGUUCAAAGAUAAUAAAACACUCGAAAACAAAAUUUUUUUUUUUUUUUUUUUUUUU